AUGUUCACUCCACUAGAGUCUUCCCUGGGGGCGCUUCUCAUCCAGGCGGCAACAUCAUCUUAUAUGCACCUGGAAGGAAAGUCAAUAGGCUUUUCAUCCAUUUUGUACAACUCGGUAUUCAAACCGUCAGUCCACUCAGCAUCCAUUCUGCUAGGUCUUUUCAUCUCUUCUGGAUUUGUCAAUAAGUUUUUGCCCUCAUUUUCCCCAGCGGUGGUCCCCGCAACGAUAAGCACGUUUCCAACGAGCUACUUGGUUGCAGGAUUGCUAGUUGGCGCAGGGACCAGUGCUGGAUGUGGAUGCACCAGUGGACACAUGCUAAUAGGUCUUAGUCGAUUGAGGUGGCGGAGCUUUGUUGCUACGUGCACGUUUUUCCUCACUGCAGUGAUAACUACGGUGCUCAUGGGCAGCUUCAGAGUGGAUCCUCGCGGAGUCCCGAGCUACGAAUACGACCACAGUUUCACAGGUUUCAAAGAAAACAUGAUGCUGUUACUUGCGCUCGUUGUUCUUGGCCAACUUUGGUCCUACAUUGUCCUUCCCAGAAUCGGCCUCUGGCUCAAGCACAAAAACGACAAAGUCCCCACCACUCGUACAUCUCUUGCCGACAACUUCGUGCGCUGGAUUACCGGAAUAAGCUCAGGCUUUUUGUUUGGAACGGGCCUUUGCGUCGCAGGCAUGACCGACACAUCCAAAAUCAUAGGGUUCCUUUCCUUUUGGAGACCGGCCAGCUUCGACCCAAGCUUGGCAAUGAUACCUCUCUUCUGCAUUGCCCCAAACAUUCUUUUAUGGAAAAAAUGGCUUCCUCAAACAAAAGCAGAGGCCAUAUUUACAGCUGCAAAGGACGGGGACGCUACUGUCACUGUCAAGAAGCCUCUUUUUGAGUCCGAAUACGACUUGAACUUCAGUGAAGAAACCAGCCUCCAGUUUCUUCUAGGAAACGCGGUUUUCGGCGUCGGCUGGGCACUUGCCGGUGUCUGUCCCGGGCCUGGAAUUGUCACCAUGUUUACUGAGAUUAACGCCUUCACCGUCGGCAGAGGCGUGCUCUUUGUGGCAGGAUUUCUUGGUGGCUCGUUUCUCCAGAAACAUGUCUUGCUAUGA